AUGACAGGCCGUCGACCCAAUGUGGCAUAUGCUCCGACACCCUAUGUUGCGGGAUCGUUGAGCGUCAAAGUCCCAAAAGCAUUGACAGUUUUGAUAUCGCAGAUUACAUUCGAUGCACCGGUAGUCAUUGGCAAAAUCAACAGCGGCAGCCAGCUAUAUAUUGCGCUCAUCAACGCGGGCACAUUGAAGAGCGAGCCAGGCUUUGAGCCUGCCGUGGAUGCUCAAGUGCUGUUCGGCACCGACCACUUCAAAGUCACCGAGGACAUGAAGUAUGUCACAAUCGACGUCAAGGCCGCUUUGAAAAAUGAAGAUGGCACAACCAUCUCCUAUGCCUACACAGGCCACAUCGAAAUAACUCCUGCUUUCGGUCUUAUCUUGGCAGGCAGCCCGGACGCAAAGACGACGGACUUUGGGCACGUGUUCACACAUAUUACAUUCGAGGUCAGUUGUCCCUCACACAUGACAUAUGGCAUGACCCCUCAGACUGACUUGAUGCUGGAGACUGGUGCACCCAAUUUCAAAAGUCUCGAGACCGGCCGGUUCGUUGGGGCCAGUCGGUUUAUUGUGAAUGGCGAAGGGAAGGGACCCGUCAUUGAGACGAAGAUCAGUAAGAUCGUCAAGGGAUAA